AUGGGUAAUGAUUCGUCCAAGGAAAAAGGCAAGCAGAAUGUAGAACAGCCAAGAAAACACGUCCAAGCUCCUGGGAAGGUUCUGAACGACACGAAAAAGGUGUUACUUGUCUACAAGUCUGAUACGAAAGAAGAAGAGCUUAUCGUCCGACAUUUUCGAGACGCUCUUACAGAUAAAGCUAACGGAAGUGUAAAAGUCGAAAAGAGCGUGAAUCUUGCCAAUGGAAAUGGAAACGAUAAUGUGAAAGAUUCCUCUUGGUUGGAUGAAGUAAACAACGUCGUUUUAUUAUGCUUGACGUCCGAAGCGAUUUCGCUGCUGGAACAAAUACUUAGAGAAAAAAGGUACGUGCAAGAAGGCCGCUUGAAUGGGAAAGUAUUUUCGGUUUCCUUCGGAGCAAGUUUAAAGGAUCAAUGGCCUCCGGGAAGAAUCCAAAAAGGUUCUGAACAUGUUCGAGACUUCGCCUUCAAUUUUGAAAAUGUGGAUAGCCUCAAACCCAAGGACUUCGAAAAAUCAGACAGAAUGACAGCGUUAGUGGCGGCAAUGCAAGGUACAUGCAUAGACUGA